AUGUUUCGGUUUUUCUCUCCCAUUCGUCAUGGUCGUGGAUCUUCCCUCAUAUCUCUCCUCGCUCCGAAACCCGCGCUUCCAUUCGACGCUGCUAUGCGACCUCGCUGCUUACCUCAAAACGACGGUACUCUUCGAAUCUCUCUGCUUUCACUUUCGUCGUUUUUUAAAUAUAGAAACGAAUCGACUCGUCUUUUGUUUCGGUACUCGAAACUAAGGAAAUUGAAAAUCGGAGGGAUUGUUAUGUUUGUACUUUUGACGGCGUCGUUCCAUUGUGUGGAUGUAGAGGUUAGAGACGAUGUUUGUUUUCAAAGCGGAGAAAAAAGGAUUGUGGCAAGGUGA